AUGUCCCUCAACGAGGAUACAACAGUGCAACUUGAUCCAUUAAGCUCUCAAAUCAACGAGUCCAAGCCAUUCAGUCGUCUCUUUAAUGGAUGGGUUUCGCUUCGUGAUCUCGAAUGCUACACACGCCAACUUGAACAGCGACAUGAACUCUUGGAGAAUCUCGAUGGAUCGCACUCGUUGUCUACGAAAAAGCUGUUACACAACAAAGUACACGAUGCUCAGCAGAAUAUCGAGAAUGCAACGGCAAACAUUGAUUCGAUGUACGACGAGGAGGCACGAUCAUUCUCAGAGAUUAUCCAGGCGAUGAUUCUAUUGAUUGCUGAACAAGAUGCCAAUGCCAUCUACGCACCACUUUUUUCUGAUCUCAAAGACAAGAGCAAAACGACACUCGACACAAUUCAACGUCUCAAAAAUGACCUAUCUCAGUCGGUUUCUCAAGUACGCAAAGUGCUCAUACAGCCACCUCACCUCAAAAUGGAAUCCGAGACAAGGGUGGAAACGAUGAAGAAUCAAUUAUGCAACGUGGAAUUUCCUCGCGAUGCCAAACACAUUUACACCAUACAGCAACACCGGACAAAGCAAGCAAAGGAGGAAUGGGAUACCCUUAUCAACGAUGCAGAGAAUACAGCCAUGGACAACAUUAUACAACAAGGCAUCUUGCAUGCUCUAUUGAAGACGCCUUCCCAUCACAUACCCACUUUUAUAUCAAACGCAUUCCAAUCGAUCAUGCGAGAUUGCAUUCAACGUGUCGAAAGGGCUGAGCACAUUUACCAACUAUUACAAUCAUUGAACAGCCUCUGGUCAAAGAUACAGCCAUUGAAUGAUACUUUGGAGGAGCAGAUGCAACACCAAGAAACAAAAGAGAGGAUUGAAGAGGGGAUCACCACAGCACAAAAGACAUUGCUCAAUCUCAAGCAAACCAUCGACAUCUUUGUCACAUCCAACAAUGAUCGUCUCGCCUAUUGCAUUGGUAUACAUGCACAAAACAUGGAGGAGGAAAUGGAUUUGAUCGAGCAACAUCUCAACCAAUUCAAAACCAAUGUCCUUCACCCUGAUAUUGGAGAACGACUCCAUACGAUCUUGAAGAAUUUCAAUCUUGUGCUAAGGAACCAUGCCCAAUUCUUGCGAUACAUCCUGGAUCGUGAUGCAGCAGCGCAUGAUCGAGCUCUUAGCCUUGAUGAUGUAAUGGCUGCAUGCAAGCCACCGAUAUCAAGUCCAAUGGAAAAAGUAGUCGAACAACUCGCUGAGGAAGCCAUUUCAACGUCUCUGCAACCGCUGAUUGAGAAAAUGGAUCAAUUGGAGAAUUUAUUAUAG